GAGCAACAAACCUAGGCCAGGGAUUUCUUCACCGACAAACCAUGAUUCACAAUGGCAAAUCCUUCUGAAACCGCUGAGACAUUUCAGAAGACACUUGAUCCAUAUAUCAAGCCACGGGAACAAGUGAACUACAUUCGGCGAGUUUUGGCUCUUCAUCUCGGAACAUGUUCUCAUGAUGGCCCAGUCAAACAGCCUGUGUCUUUGGCAGAUCCAACACGCGACGUAACUCUGGAUUCAAGUUCGAAGGGAAUCUACAGGGAGUACAUUGAGGCUCUAAAGGCAAAUGUUGAUGCGCGUCGAAAUUACGAAGAUGUCGCCCAAUCUAAUCUUCCGUCCUCGUCAUUAGCCAAACAGCUCUCAUCCAGCAAUGAGCUACUAGAAGAGCAGGUCUCACUUCUAAAGCUCCAGGCGAAACAAGCGCGACUUACAGCCGUCCAAAAUCACCUGGACUCACUCAUGCAAAAGCCAGCCGCUGCUCCUGAAUAUCUAGACCCUGAAGAUGUUUUUCAUGAUGCUACCAGUCUACCGAGUGUCCCAAAAGAGGUGGUGAACAGUCUUAUCGCACAACAGAGCGUGAAGAAGACGGACUUAACAGAACAAGUGGCACAGCUUGAAAAGACGGUCUUGAGGGCUAAACUCCUUCUGCGACGAGAGGAGCAGUUACUUCGAGAAACGAGAGCAAAUGCUCAGAGCAUACCAGAUGUUAUCAGCAAUGGCAUCAGACUACAUGCUCUUAACACAACAAGGAAUGAGCUUAUCAAUUGGAUUGAGACAGAGUUGAGCAAGGCAUCAGGGGAUGAGGAUGGGGAUGAGGACGGUUCCAAGAGCCAUAGCCAAUCAACAGCGGACCAAGCGACGAUAAACAACCAUCUCAACAUCAUCAAAGAAAAGUACGCCAAUUAUCUUGCAACGAGGCGGUCCCUCCUCGCUUCUGCUGGUGAACGAUUCGAGUCAUCACCUGUCCCUGUUCUGGCACCCUCCUCCACCAAGCAACAAAUUGAGGAACCAGAACCUGCAUCAAGUACCUAUCUCCUGACACCAUACAUCGAGACUCUCCUUGCCCUUUCCAAAAAGCAGAGGGCCAUGAUAACACAAAAAGCACAUGUUAAUACGACACUCGGGAAAGAAAUCAAGGAUAACUGUCAGUCACUCAGUCAUUUGGAAGAAGAAAGUCAACUGCUUCCAUCUCAUUCGGUGGCACCAACGUCUCGGAGGAGGUCUGGACUGGGAGAGUUCCUUGCUUCGGAUGAACGCUCAGGUCUGACAGGCAAGGUCCAACCUUGGGUUCUCGCUGCAGAUUCGGCCAAGAUCACUACCCUAGAAAAUGUGGCAGAGCAGAUUGAAGGUGGACAGCUUGCGUUGGAAAACUCGAUGCAGACUCUACAAGAAAUUGACCAGCUUUUGGGUCAGGACGAGGCGGCUGAGGAGGAAGAAACACAGGCCGAUACAACGGAGGAUGACGUUUGGCUUGAGGCAGAUGCCAAAUCCCCAAGCAAGGCGAGAAGGCAUACAGAGAAGAGAAUCACAGAGCCGAGAGAUGCGUGGUCUAGUCUGCAAGGUAACCUCGGAUUAAUUGGUCAGGGAGACACAGCACAGGAUUAGAAUAACAA